AUGAGUGGGAAGACGAAUAAACCUCGGACUACCUUUGGGGCUACAGCCCCACCAUUCAUUGACUAUUUGAAAGAUAUUCUGCGGCGAUAUCCAGACGGUGGACAGAUUUUGAAGGAACUGAUUCAAAAUGCAGAUGAUGCCAAAGCUACAGUAGUGCUUUUCAUCCACGAUGAGAGAAGCUAUGGGACCAAGAGUCUUUGGACUGAUAAGCUAGAAAAAUACCAAGGUCCCGCUCUCUACGCCUACAACAAUGCAGUAUUUACUGAUGAAGACUGGGAAAGAAUUCAAAAGGCGGGAAGAAGUGGCAAGGUCAAUGACCCGAACAAAAUUGGGAGAUUUGGAAUUGGCUUCAACUCCGUUUAUCACAUAACUGAUGUGCCAAGCAUAUUGAGCUCAGGGCACCUUGGUUUGAUGGACCCCCAAGAAAAGAUAUUUGGAACCAGAGAAGGAGGGUUUCUGUGGUCUUUGGAUGAUGCUGAGCACCAAGAAGCUCUGAUGACAAUGCAUGAUCAAUUCCAACCCUAUAGAGACAUAGUUUCAGUUGGGCAGCUAGAAUGGUCCAAAGUCCUGGAGGAUCAGUACUUUCCUGGGACAAUCUUCAGAUUCCCCUUGCGUAAUGUGAAAUCAGAAAUUUCAGAUAAUCUGUAUGAUUCAGACAAGGUGGUGGAGCUUUUUGAUAGCUUCAUUGCAGAUGCAGACUUGAGCCUCCUCUUCUUGAAAAGUGUAAGCUCUGUGUCCUUAAUACACAUUGAUGUUUAUGGCACAGUUCACACCAGACUUGAAGUAAAAGCCUCAAUCCCCACAGAAGUCUGUUUGAAGUCGGAAGAUGACUCAGUCAUUGAGGGUUUAACAAAGUUCAAAACGAUAACCCUUCAUUCAGAAAACUCCAAAGAAACAAAAUGGAUCGUCACCACAUGCACUAUGAAGGAGGGUAAUGUAGAAAAUCUUGACUGUCUUGCAAAAAAGUUGAGUUUUCUACCCCGAGUUGACCUGGCAUUCCCCAUUGAUGAGAAAAGAGACUGCAGUCAGGGUAGACUGAGCUGCUUUCUCCCCCUCCCAAACAAUGAGUCCAAUAAGACGGGUCUCCCAGUUUGUGUCAAUGCCUGCUUUGGCCUCACAGACAACAGAAGACACAUCAAGUGGCAAGAAGAAGACCAGAAACAUGACGAACAUGCUUUGUGGAAUGAAUUGUUGGUGGAGGAGGUGCUUCCACAAGCAUAUGUAAUGAUCAUUCAAAAUGCCAUCAAACUUUGUCAACAGUCUGAGCUUCCUGUCUCAACUGUGUACAGUCUGUGGCCUGAUAUUACUCAGAUGCAGCUCCCAGAUAAAUGGCAUAAAAUGGCUCUGGAUGUUUUUUGUCACUUAUUCAGACAAAACACAGCUGUUCUCUCUCUUGCCAAAGAUGAAAGAAAGUUUAUCCCUGUAUCUAAAGCUGUGCUACCCUGUAAUGGUCCAACAAGCACCGUUACAUUGGCUGCCAUAAAAAGAACUUUGGUUUCAUGUGGAGAAAACCUUGUUGCGUUACCGACUAGAGUUGUUAAAGCCAUUGAGACCUGUCCUCACAUGAGCCCAAACCAAGUGACUCCAACCUUCCUCAGAGGUGUUCUCCACAGGACCGGUGUGUCUAACAUCAGUAAAGAAGACAAGCUCUGCCUUUUGGAGUACAUAUUGAAUGAUGGAAAAUACAAAGAACUGAGGGGUCUUCAGCUACUUCCACUUAGUGAUGGUUCUUUCAGAUCUUUCACUGACAGAGAGCAGGACACUGCUUUAAUUGACAGCAAUGAUUUUCCAAGAAUCUUGAUGCCGUACUGCAAACACCUCUUCAUUCCACGUGACCUGAGCUCAGCUUGCAAAACCCACUUAAAAGAACUGUCCAGACAAAGUUUAUUCAGUGUCAUCAUUGUUAAUGCUGACCACGUGGCUGAAUAUACACGAAGGUAUUUACCUCAGGAAUGGAUGCAGGCGAGGUCGGCAUCCAUUACAUGGGACAUCAGCAACAGUCACCAUCCGCCAUUAGAUUGGCUCCAAGAAUUCUGGAAGUUUCUCAGCUCUCACUUCAAAGAGUUAAGUCUUUUCACAGAAAUACCUCUGAUUCCUGUCAGUCCACUGUCUAACAGUCAGCCGGUUUUACUGGCAAAACUAAAAGCAAAAACAACUCUGAUUCAUCAGAAAAGUAGGCAGAGCAGUUUGCCCAAAUCAAUAGUUCAGGUGCUGACCAACGUUGGUGGCACAGUGGUGACAGGAAAUGAGUGGCUCAAGCACGAAGACCUUGAAACCUAUGUCCUGAGUCCAUCUCCAACAAGUGUCCUGAAGUUGUUGAUGAAUUUAGACUCCCAUCAUCUCAUCAGAGUCUUAAACGCUGAGUCUCACACAGCACUAGAAGAACUAAAAAACUACCUGUCCCAUGUGAAUCCUCUUUCAGGCAAAGAGAAGGAUUUCCUCUUAACAUUACCCCUGUUUCAAACUAUGAAAAGGUCCUAUGUUGGAGCUCAGCUGAAACAGGCGUUGGACGCAAUGUCUUGUCCAACUGUACCCACAGAGCUGCCCAUGCCUGACACAGUGAUCCAGUGUGCCACUGAGGCUGAUCGCAGACUGUUACAGCUGCUCAAGGUUAAAGUCUUGAGCCCAGCAGAUGCAGCCUUUGUCCUUACUGACUGCAUUGAGGAAGGUACUUGCAGUAUCAAAGAAACUGAAAAAAUAAUGGCUUGGAUUUUGCAGCAUGGUAACAUCCUUUUCUCUCAAAACCAGCGUUUAAAGCGCAGAUGUACAGACCUGAGAUUCAUUAAAGUCAGUGGAGAGUUUAAAAAGACUUCAAAACUUUUUGAUCCAAGAAAUAAAAUGUUUAAAGUCAUCUUUGACUCAGACUUCUUUCCCCCACCAAUGUACACUAAAACACAACAGAUGAUGGAGAGCUUGACAGGCCUUGGAUUGAUGAACAAAGAGUCUGAUGUGACACCAGAACACCUGUUGCAAGUUACAACACAGAUCGCACAACUUGAAGUGAAUUCUAAAACUGAGGCUUUCAAAAGAGCGCAGGCGCUCUUGGAAAUGUUGGAUGCUAAUGAUCUUCUGUCAAAAUUUUCUGAUGGGCAGCUUAAUCAACUUAAGAUGAUAAAAUGGGUUCCAUGUGCUCAACCUGGCUAUGACAAACAGCUUGUUGAUAAUUCUCAGAAAAACUGUUUCUACAGCCCAGAUGAAAUACGACACACUAUGUAUGAGGACAUAGUUGGAUAUGUAAUGCCCCUGAUGGGGAAGCUGCGUGACAAAGUAGGCACCAGGCUCGGUCUCAAACACCUGCCUCCUCCUGAGAAAGUGAUUGAGAACUUGUCAGUGUUGAAAUCAAAAGCACAGAAAAUGACUGAUCCAUAUAAAAAUGUGGAUUUCAAAAGAAAAUUACAUAGCCUUUACAAACACAUGCAAGACAACAUCUCUUCAUUUGGACAAUUGAUGAACAAGGAGCCAUGCUGGUUGUGGGCUCACAACCAGUUUGUUUCUCCUCAGGACCUGGUUCUUGACUACCCACCUGAUUUAGAUCUGAGCUCUUUCAUUGUGAAGGUUCCAAAUGAAUAUUUCCCAUACACAGAGCUGCUCCUGAAAUUUGGUUUAAAACCAUCCCUUUCAAAUGAGAACAUUACAGGUAUUCUUUAUUCUAUCCAGCAAAAUAUUGAAGCAAGGCAACAACCAUUUGCAAGUCCACCAGAGGUAAAAGUGUCCAUAGAGAUUCUCAACUGGUUGUGGAGAAGAAAAAAGCAGAUGCUUCAGGAUGACAUCCCAGUGCCAGUCAUCAUAAAGGAUGAAACAUUUACUCUCAAACCAAGGUCAGAAGCACUUUUCUGUGAUGUCAGCAAAAAUAGACUAAAGGAGCUUCAGUUCAGUGAAGAGAAAAUUAAUCUCUUGCAUGAGGAAAUCCCCAUUGCAACAGCUGAAUGGUUACAAAUACGAUUCCUCAGUAACUACAUCCUUGCUCCAGAGUUGGUGGGAAUUGAACAGUGUGGACAAUUUGAACCAAUAACUUUGAGAAUUAAAAACAUUCUUAAAGAGUACGAUGAAGAUGGGGACAUCUUCAAAGAGCUCAUUCAGAAUGCAGAAGAUGCUGGAGCCGAUGCCUGCAAAUUCUUGGUUGAUUUCAGAGUCCACAAAGACCCCCCAGAAAGUCUCAUUGAUCCUGACAUGGCCCUUUGUCAGGGACCAUGUCUUUGGUCCUUCAAUAAUGAGCAAUUCACAGAGGAGGAUUGGAAAAAUAUUGUCAGAGUCGGUUCUGCAUCAAAGGAAAACAAAGUGGAAAAAAUUGGAAAGUUUGGACUUGGAUUCAAUACUGUGUAUCAUGUGACAGAUGUUCCCUCCAUCCUCAGUGGAAGCAAGCUUCUCAUACUUGAUCCAAAUGUAACUCACCUUAAGAGGCACAUCCAACAAAAGACAAACCCUGGAAUCAAGCUGGAUCUCUCUCAAAAGAGACUUAUUUGUUUUCCAGGACAAUUUGGACCGUACGAAGGCAUUUUUGACUGUAAUCUCUCCAGAGAACGUUCUCCAGAACCUUUUGUAGGCACCCUGAUCAAACUACCUUUCCGAAGUGAAGAAGAGGCUGUCAAGUCAGAAAUUUGUUCAAAGGUUUAUCGCAAAAAUGACAUCAUGACCCUACAGCAGAACUUUGCAAAUAAUUCACAAACCCAUCUGAUUUUUCUCAAGAACAUAAGUACUCUGUCACUACAAAGUAUCUCAAACAAUGUAUCAACUCCACCAAGAGAUGAAGACAUAAAAAGCAUCCUGACUAUUUCCAAAACAGAUGUGAAAAUUGUGUCGAUUGCAAAUGAAGCCUUGAUAUCCACACAACGUCAAGCUGAGAAAUCAUUGAUAAAACUUGAUGUUAAAUGCAAAGAGGUAAUUGACAGUUGCUCAAUUCACAUUCUCCAAAUUGCAAUUCAGCAGUAUGGUAAGACUGAACAACAACACUGGCUUGUUUACAACUGCUUUGGGACAGAUCAGUCCCUGGAAAUUUGCCUUCAUGAAAACAAAAAAGCUACAUUCUCUUUGCCCAUUGGAGGGAUUGCCGUGCCCUUGAAGAAAAAUCCAAAAAAUGGAACAAUGUCCCCAUUACAAAAAGAUCUUGUUGGGCAGGCAUUUUGCUUCCUUCCCCUUCCCAUUAGCACAGGUCUCCCAGUAAAUGUAAAUGGAACAUUUGCUGUGAUGAGCAACAGAAAAGGUCUGUGGGAAAGUGGACUGAAACAUGAGUGGAACAAGGCUCUUCUUCAAGAUCCUGUAGUGACAGCAUAUAUCACUACACUUUCUGCACUGAAAGAAAUGUCUGAAAACAACCAGCUGGAGUCCUACUGUUAUCACACCUUUUGGCCAGAGUGGGAGAAAGUGGCUGAUACAUUCAAGCCUUUGGUGGAUGCGUUUUACACAUUCAUUGCUCAUCCCUCCAAUGGCCCAGAGCUCUUCAGUGACGGAGAACACUGGUGCUCAAUGAACAAUGCAAUAUUUCUACAUGAGAGCAUUGAAGAACAUAAAGACAUUGGUCCACUUGCAGCUCAAAUGUGCCAAAAAUAUACAAAAUCACACAACUGUUUUGUUCCUCUUCCACUGUGGCUGAGAUACAGUUUUAAACAAGCUGGCCUGGAAACAGUUUUACAGAACAGGACAUGGAACUGGAAGAAGUUUUAUCAAGAAAUUGUCUUCAAAUACAUCAAUGAAAUGGACCCUAAGAGCAGAGACACUCUUGUUAUCCAUGCUAUUGAUCUCAAUAUGAAAGAAAUGGACGAUCUUCUGGCCUGCUAUCCUUGCAUACCCACAACAGAUGGAAAGCUCCAGUAUAUUACAAAACUUGUCAAUCCAACAGGAAGAGUGGCCUGUCUUUUUGAACCAGAGGAGGGCCGCUUGCUUGGUGGAACCAAACAGGACUAUUGUUCCCACAAAAGGAUUCAGCGCUUGUUAGAACUUGGAAUGGCAAAUGACAAUCUUCCAAUGGAGGACAUCACUCAAAAAGCAGGCACAAUAACUGAAAUCUGGACUUCUGACCAAAAGAAAGCAUAUGAGCGUUUAAAGUGCCUUCUUGAACUUCUGAAAACUCACAUGGAUGACAAUGACUCUGUCCACUGGGAAACACUGAGGAAGACUCCGUUUCUCCCAGCAUUUUCAUCAGGCGACAUCAUAGUGGAAAGAAAAGCAUCACUUGAAAGGCCCACAGAAAUUUUCAGUGACAAAUUCUCUCUGCUUGUGAACAUGACACACCCAGUGCUGGAUCACAGUGGUCUGAAAAUACAUGACAAUGAUCCAGUCUUAGAACUUUUGGGAGUUCAAACCAGUCCAGAGCCAGAGACGGUGCUUCAGCAGCUGCAAGAAAUUUGUAAGAAGUCACAAUCAACUGACACAUCUAUGCUUCACAAAAUAGCAUAUGAGUGCUAUAAAUUUCUGGAUCAGCAGAUCAGUGGAUGUAAAAACACCACUUUAAUUUUACAGAGAGCAAAUUCGUUCCCAUUUAUUUUGAUUGGCAAUACAUUCGUAAACAUCAGUAGUGUAGCAGAAGAUGAGCAGUUUGAAGCAAAACCAUAUCUUCAUGUACUUCCACCUGCUUUCUCUAGCUUUAGGAACCUCUGGGAAACGGUUGGUGUAGAAAAAAAGUUCACUACCACUCAGUUUCACACUGUACUUAAGAAACUUCAAUCUAAGCAUGGAAAGAAACCACUGCCAAAAAAAGAUUUAUCAAUUUGCCUGACAAUUUUAAGCAAAGGGAUGUUUGAGGCAAAAGAAAAAACAACUGAUGACUGUCUGAUCCCCAAUGAACAUGGGGUUUUACAGCCUUCAAAAGAGCUGUUUUACAACGACAGUCCAUGGAUGCCAGUAGCUUCAGGUAUUACUUUGUGUCAUGAAAAUAUCCCACGUAAUAUGGCUUGCCACUUUGGAAUCACAACCACCAAGCAUCACACUCUGGAAGCCCACAAAGUUGACAAUAUUUCCCCAUUUUCUUUUGAGUUUGAACAGCAUGAACAACUAACUGUUCGCAUUAAAAACAUCAUUUCAGCCUAUCCAUCGAAGAAGGAUAUCCUCAAAGAGCUGAUCCAAAAUGCUGAUGAUGCUGAAGCAACAGAGAUUCAUUUUGUCUGGGACAAACGACAGCAUGGCAAAGAGAAAACAUUUGGAAAACGAUGGAACAAUCUGCAGGGUCCAGCCCUUUGUGUGUUCAACAACAGAAUAUUUUCUAAUGAUGACUUGAAAGGCAUUCAACAGCUGGGAGAAGGAGGAAAGCAACAAUUAGUAGGGAAGAUAGGUAAAUAUGGAGUUGGAUUCAACUCUGUUUACCACCUGACUGACUGUCCCUCCAUCCUCACGGGAGAUGAUUUACUUUGCAUUUUUGAUCCCAAUCGAAAGUACAUUGAAAGUCAUUCAGACAAACCAAAAGCUGGCAUUGGCUACAAUCUAGCCAACACAUUCAAGGCGAUGUACGAAGAUGUCUACAACUCCUUCCUUCCAGACAAAUUUUGUCUUAAAAAUGGAACAAUGUUCAGAUUACCCCUGAGGACAAGUACUGGAGUAAAAAGCUCCAAAAUAUCGCAGCAUCAUGUCACUGAUGGUGACAUAAACGAACUUUGCUCUGCUCUGGCCGAAGAUCCAGAAGGACUAAUUCUGUUCCUGAAAAACAUCUGCAAAAUAGAAGUUCAUGAAAUCGAUGAAAAAUCAGGAAAUCUCAAGACCACCUUUGUUGUUGAGAAACGUUUGCCAGACAAAAGUAAGGAGGAAAAAGAUGCAUUUACAAAACAGCUACAAAAGGCACUACAAUCAGAAAAUCCAGUAACCGCUCAAAAGGUUUUCUAUGAAACUACUGUUUCCACUUCAAAAAAACGAAAAAGUGAAUGGAUCAUUGCUGAACAAUUUGGCUCAUUCAAAGACAAUGAUAAAUUACCACUAGCAGACAAACUUCCACAUGGGGCGAUUGCUGUACAGAUGAGCACAAAGGGCUCUAAGGGCUCACAGUUCAGCAAAAUGGAGUUUGAAGGAGCAGCUUUCUGUUCCCUUCCUUUGCCUGGAAAAACUGGGCUGCCAGUACACAUUAAUGGAAACUUUGAAGUGGAUUCUGCCAGGAAAACUCUUUGGAAAGAAGAUGGUCAAAGCCUAAAAUCAAACUGGAAUGAGUCUUUAAAGCAAAACAUCAUUGCUCCACUGUAUGCAGAUCUCUUGGAUUUCAUCAGACAAAGGAUUGAAGUUAAAACAGGCUUCUUUGAAAGUAUUGAAUUACAUUUCCACACUUCAUACUUGUGCUUUUGGCCCAUUGUGUCCAAAAAUGUUGCUCCCGAGUGGCAUGAAAUGAUACAGGGCGUAUACAGGUCAAUUGAAGAAAAGGCUCUUGAUGUUAUCCCAGUGCUGAGAAGCUCAACCUCCAAGAUUGCAGAUCGAACGAUAAAACAGUACUCAUUUGACUGGUCAAACCUCAGUGAAACAGGGACGAUUCAGGCACCUUACUUGACAGAAAAAGAGAGUAAAAAAAUCAAUUCCAUUUUGGAAGAUAUUGGAAUGAAACUGGUCCCUUCCUUCGCAAACAUGCAGGAGAUUUGGAGUACUUUUGGAUCAGCUGGAGUUGAAGUGAAAAAUGUCACCCCGGCCUCUGUGUGUGCUUUCCUACAAGCCAAACCUCUCAAUGAUCCAACCCAAACAGACGAGGAGUUGCCUUUGCCUAUAGAUGCCACUCUGAUCAGAAAUGAAGGAAGGUGUUCAGAACUCCUGGAGUUUUGUUUGAAGAAUCCAGAAUUGGGGAAAAAUGCAAAGAAUGGGGUCACGUUGCUGAAUGGGCUUCCACUUCUUCUCACAAAAGACAAGAUUUUGAGACCAUUUAACUCUGAAUCUCCAAAGUUGAUUUCAAGAUAUGACACUCUCUUCUUUGGUUAUGAAGACAAAUUUGCAAAUCAUAAAAUUUAUCAAGAUCACAUUAAUCUAUUGCAAACUUUUAACCUUGUCAAGAAGGUGACACUUCCCAGUGCAAUGCCAUAUCUGAGACCGAUAAUUCAACAUCUUCUUCAGAGCUGUGAAUUCGACCCAGGUAGUGGUCUACAUAUCCCAAAUGAAACAGUGUUGAAAUGGUUGGAAUCUCUUUGGUGGUUCAUUGGAAGUGAAAUCCCAUUUGAAACAUGUAAAGCUGCUAAACAAAGUCUGACAAUAAAUGAUGUGAGGAAGCUCUUCAGUGACUGCAGCAUUCUUCCUGUUGUGUGUCCAAAGUUAAACAACAAGCACCUCCUGCAAACAAUGAAAGAGAUAUCAAGUGUGAUUCCACAUGCAUCAGAUAACGACUUGUCAAAUAUCCUGCUCAAACUUGGUUUUACAAAGCUUGAUAACGUGUUCUUUAUGAAAACAUACCAACGUCUAUCUUCAGCGCUACAUGCUGAACUCAUGGAUGUUAAUGACAAAAGUGCAGUGUUGAACCAGGUCUACAACAUCAACCACUCAAAGUAUUCUCACCUUUCGACUAAUGACAUGAAAGAAAUGCAGAGCUUCCUGCAGUCUGGAGUGUCCAAGUGUGAAAACCGUCAGGAUUAUGAGAGGAAGUUUAGGUCCUUACCAAUAUUUGAAACUGCACAUGGAGACCGAGUAACGAUUGAUGGACAUAAAGAAGUAUUUGUCCUCAACAGCAGACAGUCAGUGAACUUUUCACAUUUAUUCACCCUGUCCAAAAGCAACAUUUUUCUCAAGUACAGCUCUGAAAAUCAUGAUCUUUCAGAAAUCCUAAACAUUAAAAUUCUGGAUGACUUGGAGUACUUUAUGAAGUUCAUUUUGCCUGCUGUACAAAGACUCACAGAAAAGGAGACUCUUGACUGCCUCAAGUUGUUACUGAUCCUACAAUGUGACUACCAUUUUUCACAACACAAAGACAAAGUCAUAUCAUCACUGAAACCACUGAAAUUGAUUCGCAGUUGUCAUGGUAGACUGGAGAUGGCAUCAUUAUUUUUUGAUGAUCAUGUUGAGCUUUACCAGAAAAUGGUACCUCAAGAAAAAUUUGUGCCAGAGAAAUUUUGGAGGGACUUGUGUGACGAAAACCAAAGUACAAGAACAGAGGCAAGAUGUUUAGUCAGAGAACUUGGAAUGAAACAUGAAGUGUCAGCAGAUGAUAUAGUCAGUUUUGCAGCCCAAAUAGAAUCAGAAGCAAAAAGAAACAAUAAAGUUGAUGAGCUCCAACAGAAAUCAGAAAUGGUUUUCAAAGAAGCCUUGAAAAUGGUGAGCACUAACAAGGAUGAAAUUUUGCUGAGAAGAAUUGCUGACAUCCAGUUCAUUUUUCCAGUGAAGAUUCGAGGAGAACUUUGCAGCUACCACCAACCAUGUGCUGCAGAAAACACUGUUGUUCAGAUCAGAGGAUCUUUGAUCGACAAAGAUCCGAACCAUCAGGAGCUGAUUUGGACUUCAAUGCCAAUUAUACAUCUACCAGUUUAUAUUUCUCCAAAACUUUUACAAAUGAUGAAAAAUGCAGGAGCUCAUGAGCAACCACCUUCUCAAUAUGUGACCAGCAACAUGGCAAACAUUUGUCAGUCAUCAUGUAAAACUGGGCAGUUGAUCAAAACCCGUGCCAAUGUGUUUCGUCGUGCUUAUGCCAACCUGCAAGCCACUGCUUUUGCUGAACAACCACUGACUGAGCUUCCUGUUGUCUUGGUUGAAAAAGACACUGCGCUUUGCAAAGCCGAUGAUGCGUGUCUUUCACUUGAGCAUGAUCUUGAUUUCAGACCAUACUUGUUCAAAAUUUCCCCAGAAGAUGCCCUAUUUGCAGAGUUCUUCAAGAAGAUCGGUGUAAAGAAGGACGCAACUGCAGUGCAUUAUUGUAAUGUCCUGGCAGCUGUUCAUGCUGACUCCUGUGAUAAAAAGCAACUAAAUUUCAACCAGAAGAAGACUGUAAAACGAGCAGUUCACCAGUUGUUUGACUUAAUCAAACUAAAAAAAAAACAAGUCUUGACUGAUGAUGUUCAAACCUUAUAUCUUCCAGCAGUAGAUGGGAAGUUGUACCCAUCAUGUUCACUCUACUACAAUGACACAGCGUUUGAGACGAAAAGGUUGGAAGAAGCUUUGGAGGACGAGUUCCUGUUGGUUAAGAAACUCAGUGAAUGUCAUUUGGGCAAAGACAUCUAUGAACACCAUCGACUGGUGCAGCUGUUGCCUCAGAAAUUUCAACCCAAAAUGUUGUCUCAGACGACUGAAGAGAAAGUCGUGGAAGCACACAUGCAGCUUUGUGAACUUGGGAUUGACUGUGACUUUAGUGGAUGGUUUGAGAAACAUCUGUCUUCAGGAGCUUUCAGACACGGACUGGUUUGUCUUCUCAGAGAGCAAUCUUGGGGUCAAAUAAGCCAAGAAGAAGAAAAUGAGAUGUGUGAGAAGAUUUUUGGCAGCAUUCAGAUCGUCUGCUGCAAAACGUUAGAAACAGUGCUGUGGAUGAAUACCCGGCCGCUAAACCCAACUACCAGAGAAACUGAUGUUUUCGUCAAACGAGAGCAACAAGGCUGUACCUUUUAUCUAAAACAUCAUGAUGACAUGGCUCUUAAAGUGAUCAGUGAAGUUAACAUGACUUUAACAAAAGAGAUCAAUACUCUUUUAGGUCACAGAAUUGCAUCGGCUCAUCUUCUGGUGCUCGGACAACUUCUUAUGUGUGACGAUCUGCAAGAUGUUCAAAAAACUUUGGCUAAGAAUCAAAUCCGUGACAGCGCUGAAACUGAAAACCUCUUCAAUCAAGACCCUGGGACAGAUGUUCCAGAUGAAUGGCAUGACUCUUUAGACAUGAGCUUCCUUAACAACUUUGAAGAGGGUGAAUACGUUGGCUACAGCGUCGACGACAAGUACAUCUAUGCAGUUAUUGUUGAAGAACUUCCUGAGCACUCUGGAAGCUAUUCCAAGAGAUACAAGAUAGAUAUUGGAGAGGAUGAGCCAAUUGAAGUCAGUCAUCUUGACUUAUAUCAGUUUAAACGAGACAAGAAGCUAAAAGUAGAUGAGAAGACAUACACAUCCUCCAUGGAGCUGGUGAAACAUGACGGAGCUGCGCCACAUUCUUCCCACUCCUCAACAAGUUCCAUGCCAACCUCCUUAGAUGAAGCCAAAAGGGAGAUUGACAAAUGUCUGAAUGAGAUCUGGAGUCUUCCUGAGGAGGAAAGACGGAAAGGCAUCAAGAGACUCUACCUUAGAUGGCAUCCUGACAAAAAUCCUGACUGCCUUCCACUCGCCACAGAGUCGUUUAAAUACUUGCAGAAUCGCAUUGAUGAGCUGAUCAAGGGUAAAGAUAUAACAACACCAACAACAAACUCCUCCUAUUCAAGCCGAUCUUCAGGUUACAGAGACUUUUACCAGCAGUGGGAUCAAGAGGCCAGACAUCACAGAAGAGGUCGAGAAAGCUUCUUUAAGAGCUACCAUUCCUACAACUUUUGGUCCCAUAACACAAAUAUCCCAAAGCCGAACAAAAAGGAGGCCCAGCGCUGGUUUAAACAGGCUCGCUGUGACCUUGAUGCUGCUCAAGAAGACACGAGUGGAAAAAGCACAGAGUGGUGUCUCUUUAAAGUCCAUCAAGCAGUGGAAAAGGCACUUUUUGCUGCGGUGUAUAAACGUAAUGGUCGACACUCCACCGGCAACUCAAUUUCUACUAUUGCAGCAGCUGUUUCAAACUAUCACCCUCAACUGAGGGACCUGCUUCAAAUUGUGAAGGAUCUGACGGCACUGGGAGUGGAUGCCAAAAAGACUCAAUACCCCAGUUACUAUCCCUAUCCUCACAUUCCUAACGGACAGUUCAGGACAGAAAAGGCUAUGGUGGCACUGAGCAAAGCAUCUGAGCUACUCAGGAAGAUAGAAGAGUAUGUGGGCAAUUAG